AUGAACGUAUGGACAUCAUUCUGUGCAUUACUCGUCCUCGUGUCGACGUCUUACUGUUUGGAACACUUUGAGUGUGGUUCUGAUCAUGUUCUUGGAUCGACGCCUCUUACUCUGUAUGGACUGGAGAACAAGAUGACCGUAUGGCCAAUAAAAAUGAAUGGCACUACACCAAAGUGGAGGAUAUCACCGAAAAAGUCGACAUCGUUUGUUCGUGUUAUAUAUAGUCGUUUAGUGAUCAGAAGUCUAAGUCAGACGGCUGGUAGUCACAUUACGUAUGAACUCUGGAACGGGAAGAAGCUAAUCCAUAGCAGUGCGAAAGCACGCAUUGAAGUCGGACGAGCACCUGAUCUCCAUUUGAACACAAGUCACUACAAAGUACACUCAGGACAUAGGCUGAAGAUUUGCUAUACAGCUACUGGCUCUCCCAGCCCAGUCAUCAGUUUGCACAAGAAAGGCUCUACAAACGUUGUCAAUACAAAUCCAAGAUAUCACAUUAAGGAGUCUUGUUUGACAAUUAAUGCAGUACACAUUGAUGACAGAGGAAUGUAUGUGCUCAAAGCUAAUAACUGUGUCAGUUCUGUUGAUACAGAAUUUCGCCUGAAAGUCGUUGAGAAGCCUAGAGUGACCAUCCUUGCAAAUGCAAGCCACAUUCAUGUCCCAGUCAACAGUCCACUAACAUUGCCUUAUAAUUUCUCAGGAAGGCCACAGGCAAGCUUACAAUGGUUCCACAACAGUUCAAAUAUUGAUCACAGCAAAUACACAGAGUCAAAUUUGCACCUAAACAAAGUUUCAUUUAAAGACGCAGGCACGUACAAAGUUGUAGUGACCAACUCUGUGGGAAAAGCACAGGCAUCAAUUCGACUCUCUGUACACUCACAACUAAAAACAACUCUCAGAACUACUCAACAGUACAAAAAUCCAACACCAAGAACAGUUUUUAUAGAACAAACCAACCUCCCAAAAGAAGAAACGCUUACUCAAGAAACAAUUAUAUAUAGUGCAACCGAAAUCAGCGAACAUCAAACUGUAAACAGGUCUCUAGCAAAUACCUUUACAAACAUCUCUAAUCCACAUCAGAGUCCUUCUUAUCAACUAACUGAACAAAUUUCUGAUCUAACUGGACACAUAUCAGAUGCCACAGAAACUUCAAGAGUUUCACACGAGACUAGUUCAGCUACAGACACAAGUCAAGCUCUUGGAGUAAAUGAUGAGCUGCUGCAAGACUGCAAUAAUUCUGAGAACAAAAGAAGUGAAAUUUGCAAUGAAGAGAAAAGUUUGUUUUCAAAGUGGUGGUUUCUAGCUGCUCUUUGCAGUGCAUUUGUCUUUAUGCUACUGCUGAUUGUCAUACUUAUAAUUUGCAUAUGCAAAACCAAAUGCUGCUCUAACAACUCCAAAAAAGACAUUGAAACUGAGAAAGAAUCAAGAAACGAAAGCAAUGAAUGCAAUGCCAGCGCUGGAGAAAAUGGUAAAAGUGAAACCAUGUCUCAGUUUCCAAUCAACACAAAUUAUUAUGACGUACAAGAAAGUGAUGACCUUGACGACGACUACGACCAUAUUAUUCCAAAAAGUGAAAGUAUGACAAUGCAGCAGCUUCAAGAUGAUGAGCCACAGUAUGAAACCAUUCCUGCAGACAUCUAGAAAUAAAUAAUGAAAUCAAUAGCUUUAGAUAAAAAGGUAUAAUCAGUAACAUAAUUAAAUUUAAAGCUAUGCUAAGCAUGUCAUAUAUGCCUUUCAAAAUAAAUAAAACUAAAGCUAUUGCAAUAAUUGCAAUCAGAAGUUCACACACGCACACACA